GCAGCUCGGGGCUGCCGGGGAAGUCACGCAACUGGGGCGGCUUUAGGUCCGGGGAUUAUCUCUCCCCCACCUCCCCCGAGCUGGGGGAGACGACGGCGAUGCGGGCUGCCUGUUGAUCGAGACCCAGGAGGUAGCGGAGGGACCCAGGCGUUCGAGAGGAGGCGGGGCGUCUAGAGGAUCGAGGAAGGACGGAUUAAAGGAACCCAGCAUCCCAAAACUGAAACUGAGGGCGGGGGAGACACCAAGGGGACCCAGGUGUCCGAGAACCUGGAGGAAGCCGGAUUGAAGAAUCUAGCUACCUAAGAAUUUGGGGGGGGGGGUAAGGGGCCCAGGUGUCCGAGAUUCGACUGGAAGAUUAAGGGCGUUUAGAUAGCUGAUAAUUGGACGCUGUGCGGCCCAGAUGCGGGAGGAAGGAAUAAGGGACCCCGACACCUGAGUAUUACAGGGAAAGAGUGCCCAGGUGCGUGGAGGAGGUGGGGCAGGGAGUAUCCAGGUGCUUGAGGAACCAUCUCGAAACCUACUGGCGGGUACAUAGGCCAGAGCAGCAGGCAGGUCUGUAUGUUUUUUGAUCGGGGGAGGGACAGAGGCUGGGGGCAUCUGGGGAGUGCAGCACCUUAGAGGCAGCUUAUCACUCCUAUACAGGAUUGGGCAGGACCCAGAUUUUGAGCAACUGGGACCUGGUACAGCUUUUUUAGCAUAGGAGGGAUCUCUUUUUCCCACCCCAGGAAUUCUUCCCUGCAUGCCCUCUUAGCAGAGAAGGGUGGGUGGGUGCCUGCGACUUCUGUUUCUCAGCCCUCCCCCAUUUUUUACACCUCUCAUGGAACUUGCGAACUACCCUUGAUUCAUCUGCACAAGGGGCCCGCCUUCUGCAGCCCUGAAGGAUGUAACCCUCCCCUCACAUGGGGGCAGCUCUUCCCAUCUUGGCAAGUGGGCUUGGCGAUGGUGGCAGUGCCCCCUUGAUGCCGGCAUCCUGGAAAUGAUGCCCUGAAUGGAUUUGGGACAGCCCUUGCUGACAACCAGGAUGGCCGAGACCAUCAGCAACCUGAGCUUCAUCGUGCCGGCCUCACGCCUCACACCUGCCUUCCCACCUGCCGUCAAGGUGGGGCUUACGGCCCUCUACACUGCCCUGUAUGCCUUGCUUUUCCUCUCGGUCUAUGCCCAGCUCUGGCUGGUUCUCUUGUACCGCCAUAAGAAGUUCAGCUAUCAGACCGUCUUCCUCUUCCUCUGCCUCAUCUGGGCUGCCCUGCGCACGACGCUCUUCUCCUUCUACUUCAGGAACACCCUCAAGGCCAACCACCUGAGCCCCUUCUUCUUCUGGCUUCUCUACUGCUGUCCUGUCUGCCUGCAGUUCUUCACCUUGACCCUCAUGAACCUGUACUUUGCCCAGGUGGUUUUCAAGGCCAAGGCAAAAUACCGCCCCGAACUCACCAAAGGCCUAUUGGCUGUGCGAGGGGCGUGCCUGGGAGCCAGCCUGCUCUUCCUGGCGGUGAACGUGGCAUGCGCCGUGCUGGUGCGGGCGCAUCGAGCGGAGCCCUGGGCAGUGGUCCUGGCACGGGUGCUCAUCAGCGACUCUCUGUUCGUGCUGGGCGCCGUCUCCCUCGCCCUGUGCCUCUGCCUCGUGGCCCGCGGCUCUCCUUCUACUCGCGUCUACAUGGAAGCUAAGGGUACCACACUGUGCCAAACAGCCGCCAUGGGGGGCGCCAUCGUCUUGCUGUACUCCAGCCGGGCCUGCUACAACCUCGCAGCCUUGGCGCUCUCGUCCCGCAACCGCCUCGACUCCUUCGAUUAUGACUGGUACAACGUGUCUGACCAGGCGGACCUGAUCACAGACCUGGGAGACCAAGGCUACAUCGUCUUCGGCCUCAUUCUCUUCAUUUGGGAGCUGCUGCCCACCACCUUGCUGGUCGGCUUCUUCCGGGUGCACCGGCCAGCUCAGGAUAUGAGUGCCAGCUGUAUCUUCAACCGGCAGCUUGGAGUCUCCCGUUCCUAUUUCUUCGACCACCCUGGACAGCGCGACAGUGAAGGACUGACAAGCAGCCUGACGGGACGCCUGGGCAGCGGGAGCUGGUAUGGCUCGAUCAACCGUGGCGGGGAGCAGGAGUGGUUCGGGGGCCACCCCCCCACGGCCCCGCUUCUGUUCUCGCAGGCGGCGGUUUCCGGUGGACACCACCACAGCCUCUACUCCACCCCACAGAACUAAGGAAGGGUUUGUGGGGCUUGAUGCGCGUGUGUGUGAGUGGGGCGGGGGUGGGGGCGACACCCAGGAACCGCAGCUAAUGCAGGAGGGGGUGUGCGUGUGCGGAGAAGAUGGGGGUUGGAACGCGGCCAUUGUAUUAUAACCGCGCGUCACGUCAUUCCCUAGAUUCUGUAGUCUGGAAAGCCUAAUUCUUUUAGCUGUAGAGCUGGUUGGCUAUCUCACUGGCAUCACAGUCUUGAUGCUUGCGGGGAGGGGAAAAAACAAACCUCCCCCCCAAAUGCCUCUCUGUUCCCAGGUAUUUAACCAAUAGUAUAUAUUGAAAACUUCGGCACUUUAAUCGACUUGUGGGGGGGGUCCAUUUUAUCUGUGAUGUCCUUGUUGAAAUGAUUUCUGGUCAAAGCUGGGGGUGGGUCACCCCGUCUUCUCUGUGCGGGAGGAGCCCUUUUGUCUCACUGCAGUUUUGGUCCUGUUCCGUCUACUCCCCCACUACAAUAAAGUUGACUUUGUGUUAGCGA